AUGGCAGACAGUGUAAGAGUCCCUAGCGACAGCAUCAGUUGUUGUUUCCGGCUCCGCCGCCGGAAAAACAAAAGAGAAGAAGACUUGAUCAGCUCUUUACCUGAUGUGAUUCUCCAACAUAUCCUCUUCUUCAUUGAGACGAAAUUUGCCAUCAGAACUUCAGUCUUGUCAAAACGAUGGAGGCAUGAAGCUGCUUCUACAAACAAAACCCUAACGCAAUACACAGCUCUCAAGAUGAUGAGUUUUCAUCUCAAAACCGACAUGGAGAACAACGUUCCCUACAUCAACAAGUGGAUCGAAUUCGCCAUGUCCCGCAAGGCCGAGAGCAUAUCCUUGGAUUUCUCUUUUCAAAGUGAGUAUAAGAUUGCUGAUAGCUUCUACAUCUAUUCCUCUGUUAAAGAACUUAGCCUUCAGUCAUACUUUGUUCAUAUGAUGCCCAAAUGGGUGGUGUCUUGGACAUCCCUGAAGAAGUUGUCCAUGCGUUGUUGUUGUCUCCAAUCCAUUGCUAACAUUUUAUCUGGUUGUCCAGUUCUCGAAUGGCCAAGGCAUAUUGUGGCACCACAGAUCCAUUGUCUCAGAAUGAUAAACUCUGAGAUGCCAUGUACUUUGGUUGAUGUCUCAUCUUUAAACGAAGCUAAAAUGGACAUUUCCUUCGUCCCGGUGAAAUGGAACUUCGAAAAAGUUUUCCCUCGAGUCAUUAAUUUGGUAGUAGAGAUGCUAGAAAAGUUACAGAAUGUUGAGAACCUUACUUUUGGGGGGAACUAUCUUCAAAUUUUAUCUCUUGCCGAGGUUUCCGAUGUUGAAGGCCAAAACUUUGACUCUUGA